UGCCAUUGUAACCAGGUCCAUGUUAGAGUGAUGACCACAUAUCAGCUAUUUCUGGAUCAAGUUAGAACAACAAUAGGGAAGGCAGUGUUCAAAGGCAGCAUAAUUGGACCAUCUGGUAGCAAAUAUUGCUCUUUUUGUGCCCAGUAUUGAAUUCCAAUGCUGGUAUUCAUAAUUGCAAGAAAAAUCAGUAUUCUUGCUGUACCAUACUAAGAGUUGUGUUCAGGUGAACACUUCAGCAUGUGUCAAGUGCCGAAAGUGUGAUCAACAUGAAGAGAAAGCCAUCUUUUCUGUGAUGUCCAUCGUUUUAUGACACUGCUUCUGGAGUUCACUUAAUAGAAUUUGUUCUAAACAAGAUAUGCUGUGACAUUGGACACAGUCUAGAGGUAUUGAGCCAUGGGAGAUGAUGCGAUGUCUGGUGUGGUGUGUCAAGGCCAGCUGUUUGAGCACCAGCAUGUGCAGGGAGUGUACAACAGGAUCGCGCCAUGCAUGAUCCAAAUAGAGCACAAGGCCUGGCCCAACGUUAAAAGAUUCCUCAAAAAGUUUCCCUCUGGAGCAUUGGUGGCUGAUAUUGGCUGUGGCAAUGGCAGAUACCUGGGUGUGAACACUGGGGUCUACAAAACAGGAAUUGACGUUUGUCAGCAACUGGUGGACGAUGCCAAGCUAAAAGGUUAUGAGGUAUCCUACGCUGACAAUCUGCACAUUCCCUAUCGCACUGGCUGUUUUGAUGGGGUGCUGUCCAUAGGGGUUAUCCAUCAUUUUUGCUCCUUUCAACGCAGAGUGGCUGCACUGCAAGAACUGUCACGCAUUUUACGGCCUGGGGGAAGGCUGAUGCUGUAUGUGUGGGCCUUUGAACAAAAAAUUAGGAAGUUUGACUCCCAGGAUGUUCUCAUACCUUGGAAAGAAGGGAGCAGACUGGACCAGAGACUUGGCUCCACCUCCUCCACCCAGUCCAGUGCUGGAGGGGUGUCCAACACGGGGUCAGUCAGUGAUGAAGAGGCCGGCCUGGACAAUGGGGUGGGACCAGACAUCACCAUUGAGAAGGCUACACAGCUAACUCUCCGGCGAGGGAGCUCCAUCAGUCUUGAUGACUUAACUUCUGCAAGGGAUUUAAGUGAGUUUAGACCAAGCUACUACUCCCUAGAUUUCAACAGCUGCGGUCCGAGGGAAGUUGUGAAAAAAGAAAAGAAUGACAAAUUAGUUUGGGACACUAGACACUCAAACAAUUUCAAAGCGUCACAAAAAAACACAUUGAUUCAAGAAUGUCGAAAACUGGAGGCAUCUCUGCGUGCGAUGUCGUCCGGAAAUCUUGAUAUUUUAAAAAAAUCUGAUAAAGACUUGAGAGUAGAGUUAAAUAACAAAAGUGGGUGUCAUUCUCUUGAAAAUUUUGAACAUGCCAAGACUGAGCUGGUGGAUUGCAAUGCAGGUCUGGAAAUUAACCUACACUGGAACAUUGGUGAGGUUGAUGAUGAUUUUGAAAAAGCAAUUCCUGGAGCAGAAGAUAUCAUACUAGACAGUGGAUACUCAGAAUAUACAAUAGAAGAUGUUGAAAUUGGCAACCGUGAUUUCUAUCAGUCGGUUGAAAUGGGUCACCAAGAGAGAAAAUCAAUCCCCAAAUCGCCCCAGGUCAAUCCUUUCAUGAAACAAGACUCAAGUGAUCGUUAUGCUUUUAAUAAUGUUGUUGAUUACCAAAGUGAUGAAUCAGAAAGUAUUGAAGUGCUCUGUGAACAGGUUGAAGAACUCAACUGUCCAGAUACAAUCUCUGUGGGAUUUAAACCAGGACCCAAACAAGAGUCGGAUGGAAAAUCAUUUCUGACCACAGUAAAGACAAAGCUUUUAAAAUUAUUUGAUAAAAACACAACUAGUCAGCAUUCAAACAAAAAUGGGUCUCGAAACAUGUCAGUCCCAGCGCAAACAAAACAACGAGAUCAUUUGUAUGGGCCGUCCAGUUUUAAACUGACUCGUGAACAGUUAACUCUAGCUGAGCAGCUGCAGUUUCAAGUGCGCGAGUUUCCACUGAGUAGCUGUCCUGAGGUUGUUAACAACCACUUUCUUGCAAGGAAUACUAAUUCCAACAAAUUCCUGCCUAACAAUCAAAAUCCUAAAACACUACCUGACAACGCCAAAGAUUUAAAUGUUUUUCACAGACUUUCUCUUGAUUUUCCUGCCAAUACACUUAACACUGGAGAGUGUCCCAGUGAUUAUGUGGAAAUAUAUGAUUUCUUCAUAAAACUCAACGUUAAUGGUGACGACUUCAUUUCUAGUGAUGACUGUGCCUUAGUUUCUGCAGAAUAUUCCAGUGACAUGCCUGGUGGCUUGAACAGUUAUGAAAGUAAAAGAUCAGAAGAGUGUGAUUCGGUUUGCGACCAGGAAAAAGGACAAUCAGAAUCAGAUGAGUUUGAAAAUCAUAAUGUGACUUUUUCAGGUAAAAGCAAUGAGAAAAAACAGAAGGUAAGUGAUGCUUCAGACUUGAGUGGUCAGGAUCCAAUAAUUUCUGAUGUCAAUGACGAUGAUACUGAAGAAUUCAGUAGCAAGGAAAGUGGGAAAUUGUGUAGGUACUACCAUGUAUUUAAGGAAGGAGAGUUAGAAAUGUUGAUCUCUAAGUAUGUCCCUCACUUGCAUGUGGUGGAAAGCAUAUAUGACCAUGGCAACUGGUGUUUAGUAGCAGAAAAGAAGCAGUUAGUAGUCUAGUUAUAUUAAUACUUGCUCUUAUUUUUGUUUCACUGGUCAACAGUCCUUAUUCUGCAUUUAAAUUCUGGAAGAUUUUUCACAGACUUAAAUUAUAUUUUUAUUUUAAAAAAAAGGGUUACACUACUUGAUUCUUUAACAAUUUAAUAUUUUAAGGAUUAAAAAUAAAUGAUUUCAAAAUUGUUGCAUGCAUUUUACUUUCUGUGAUCUAACAUUAUGUUCAUUCUAUCAUAUUUUAUUAUAAAGUGUGUAUUCAUAGUCAGUAAAUGAGUGCAAUGAUGAAUGCAAUAUUUUUCCGGAAAGUGCAAUUUUUUGUAGGCUCUGUCUAACUUGGCUGUUGAAUGGCAUGCCAAUGACGUAAGCAACAUAAAAUAUAUAAGACUAUAUUUGUAUACAUGUCCCCUUGUUUGUUGUAAUCUGACAUUUGAUGGGCAAAUGGGCAUUUGAUCUCAGUAAGGUCAGGUAUAAUUGUAAAUAGUAACAUUUUAAUCUUCAUACAGUCCCCUAUAUAUUUGUGAUGAAAAAAUGUUAUUAAGCACACAGUUGUUUUCAUAAUUAAGUUGUUGCUAUCAUUUUUAAGCUUUCAGGCUUUAAGGUAGGAUUUUAGCUCACCUUAGCACAAAGUGUUUAUGGUGAGCUGUUGUGGUAGAUGGCUUUCUUGCACUUUCUGUGGUACGUUUGGAAAAAAAUCUGUUUCAGGUUAUAAAAAUAAAAUAAAAUACAUGUUAAAGAAACAGGACAUAAAAAAAUCCCUAACCCCCAAAAUAUUAAAGUUUACAAUAUAUAUGAAACAUCAAACUGCAACAUUUUUUGACUGAAAAUAUACUGUAUGAUAGACUACACACAAUAUUAGAACUACAACAAUCUGUAUCUGGAUGGGUACGUCAAAGAAACCAAUUUUGGCUUUAACUUGACAGUAUAUUAUUAUUAUUAUUAUUAUAUAUUAACAAUAUUCUUCAAUAAUAAUAAUGACCUUAAUAGAGAUUGACAAAUCAAACAUCAUAACAAAAUAAUUACAGUCAACAAAAAGAUUUAUUAUUUAUGUAUUUUAUUUCUUUAUGUUUUUAUUUUAAUAUUUCCAGUCUGGUUCUGUGCUUUAUGGAAGUACUGGGGGUGGCUCUGUUUCUGAACUGUUUCACAAUUUACAAAUGUGAAUGGUUUCCAUGAAAAUAUAUGAAUCUCCUCUGCUGGCCUAACAACAUUGUCACACGGUCGGAUAUGGUGUGCUCUUAUUUGCUUGUUUACAAUUAUUGAAUUUCUUUUAUUAUGCCCCCCUUCGAAGAAGAGGGGGUAUAUUGCUUUGCUCAUGUCGGUCGGUCGGUCGGUCGGUCGGUCCGUCCACCAGGUGGUUGUCGUAUGAUAACUCGAGAACGCAUACGUCUAGGAUCAUGAAACUUCAUAGGUAGAUUGAUCAUGACUCGCAGAUGACCCCUAUUGAUUUUGAGGUCACUAGGUCAAAGGUCAAGGUCACGGUGACCCGAAAUAGUAAAAUGGUUUCCGGAUGAUAACUCAAGAACGCAUACGCCUAGGAUCAUGAAACUUCAUAGGUAGA